AUGCCAGCUUAUCAUUCUACUUUUUUGAUCGAUGGUACCCAAGAUCGUAUGGUAGGUAAUUUCGUAUUACUGCCAUUGAAUUCAAAAUAUAGAGGCCCUGCUUAUCCUGCCAAUUCUGAUUAUGAUAUAAUUGAUGAAUGUUUAGAUUUGUUCCGUGCAAACUCUUUUUUCAAGAAUUUCGAAAUCAAGUCUCCUGCUGAUAGAGUUUUAAUCUAUGGUAUAUUAUUUAUUAAUGAUUGUCUAAGUAAUUUAAAACCAAAUACUUCAUACAAUGAAGCUACCAAAGUACUAACAAAUGUAGCACUGGAUAAUGUUAAGGUCCCUGGUAGUCCUGGUUUUGGUUUAAACACAAUUUAUUCAAUCCCUGUACAGGACCGUAAUCAAAUGGAUUUAUUAACUUCUUAUAUUCAACAAUUCCGUCAAGAAUUAGCAAUGAGAUUGUUGGAAAGAAUUUAUGCGCAAUCAAAGGAUCAUCCAUCCAAAUUCUGGUUAUCCUUCACAAGAAGAAGAUUUAUGAAUAAGUCCUUAUAA